AUGUAUCUCAAGCAGUCACAAUCUUUAAUUCGCAGAGCCGUCCUCCUCGGACUAGCCACGUUCGCUGAUGCCAGUCCUGUUCAAAAGGCCGCGUCGAGGUCAACAUCGUUCGAUCCAAGCAGUGCCACACAGGCUGAUUUUGCCUCAUACGCUCUGGAAGUGGCGCAAUCACGAGCCUCAAACUCGUCGACUUGCAGCCCCGAGAACAUUACCGUGCGGAAGCUUUGGGAGAACUUGAGCAGUGACGAGCGAAUUGCCUACACCGACGCACUUAAUUGCUUAAUAGAGAAGCCGGCCAAGACACCAUCAGACUUGGCUGCCGGAGCAAAAACAAGGUACGACGAUUUUAUCGUCACCCACAUCAACCAGACUCUGACUAUACACGACACUGCCAACUUCCUCGGCUGGCACCGCUGGUUCAUCUGGGAGAUGGAGCAGACCUUGCGAAGUGAAUGCAACUAUACGGGUUCCAUCCCAUACUGGGACUGGACAAAGACCGCCGAGGAAGGCUUCGCAAACUCAGAAAUGUUUGACGGCUCCGCUACCUCGCUCUCUGGGAACGGCGCGCAUGUGAACUACACAGACUCCGAUGUCAUCAUCACUAACAACGGUACCUCUGCGGAGGUUGUGCUGCCCCAUGGCACUGGCGGCGGGUGUGUGACCAGCGGACCAUUUGCCAACAUGACGGUCAACCUCGGCCCCGACGGUCUUCUGGUUAUCAAUGGCUCGGAUGACUCCGGGUGGGAGUUCAACUACAACCCUCGCUGCUUCAAGCGUGACUUGACGGACUACGCGCUCCAGCGCUUCGCCAACACCUCGAGCGUGUUGACGCUCCUUCGAGACACGCAAGACAUUUGGACCUUUGAGACGAUCAUGCAGGGCCCAGAGGGCGUGCCCGAGCUAGGCGUACACGGUGGCGGCCACUACGCACUGGGCGGCGACCCGGGCCGUGAUGUCUACACCAGCCCCGGAGACCCGGCCUUCUGGUCACACCAUGCCAACAUCGACCGCGUCUGGUGGAUGUGGCAGAUGCAGGACCCCGACGUCCGCGCUGGGAAUGUCUCCACGGCUGUGCGCGGCCCGCUGACCAUGAACAACCUCUACGAACCGUACGGCAACGGCACUCUUCUGUCGGAGCAGAACCUUGGGUAUGUGGCUGAUUUGGAGACUGUGCCUCUGGGAGAACUUCUGUCUACUAUUGAUGGCAAGUUCUGUUACGUAUACGAGUAA